GCGCGCACACGCGCACGCACACGCCGACGGCCGACGUUUCGCGUUUCGCGUUUUUGUGUUUUCUCCGCCGCCGCUGUGCGUGUUUCUCUUUUCCCGUGUCAGUACAGUCGCCGAAUCCGUCGGAAUCUCUCGCGUUGUACACCAUCCGUAUAGUUACUCUGUGCAUUCGUCUUCGUUGCCGAUAGUUUGUAGGUAAGGUAACAAUUUGUUUUACCAGUAUCGUAUUAUAUACGAAGAGAGUUCCGCGCUAUUAUUAUUAUUGUUAUUAUUCCAACUCGUGGCGCGCGUAUCGAUCGUUAUUAUUCAUCGACGGACGACGGUCGAUGUAAUAUCGUAAUAGUAUUAUUCAUUGCGUACACAUUAUAUUGUAGGUAGAGCCAGCCAGAUAGGCAUUAUAUAGUUACCAUAAACAAUACGGCCGCCCGCACUCUCUCUCCGUCCAUCUCUUUCGCCCAUUCGCGCCGUCCGUCUGCUCGGGGAGGACAGACGAUGAAAAAUAAUAAAAAAUAAUAUCUCUAGUAUCCUCAUCGCAAACGGUAUACUAAAUUAUAGUGUUGCAAAUUGUUUACCGCAGUCGUCGGGGAAAUUCGUGGACCGAAAAGACUUGAGGCGACAUCGCACAUCAUCAUCAUCAUCAUCAACGGCGUAACGACGACAACGAAUUUCCACUGCAAAAAUACAUGUAUAAUAGUAGAAACUGUCUGCUACUUUCGAGGCGUGUGUCUUUGCAGUAGAUCUAUAGAUCCAGAUUUAUAGAUAUUUUAUAUCAGUUCACACAUGUUUGUCUCAUCGCCGCUGCUGGUCGUCGCUAUCGAGGCUUAGAUGUUGCCUCAAUUUACUGCCUUAAGAAAUGCCUGGAUUGAAAGAUAUGUCGAUGCAACAACCAGGAAAUAAUAGUAAAAGAGAGCUAAACGAAAAACCAAUAAUGCCUUACCAUCGAAACAGCGUCAAUUCAAAUGGGUAUUCAACAGAUGGAGGCCAACAAAGUAUGGCUGGUGAGGAGAGGAACAGCGAUGAAAAUAAUUCAGCUCCAACUUAUGUAAUCGAACAUUUAGCCACAUUUACGGUUUCAAAAAGUACUGGUAUAGUUUACCCAGCUGAUGGCAUGAGGAGACUAUUGCAUCUUGAAAAAUCAAACGGUAUUUGGUCACAAAAAAUGCAACUGCGUCUUGAUCAAUCUUGGGUUUUGAUAAUGGAUUUUGAAACAGGUGUUGUAAUGGAACGAUUUCCAAUUUCAUUAGUAAAAGAACCAACUGCUUUUACUAGUAACGAUCCAAUGGAAAUUUAUAACAAUAUUCUAGUAUUUGUAGUUGGUCAAGUUGAUUCACGAUCAGAGAUGCACAUAUUUCAAAGUCAAAGUGUACCAGCUCAAGAAUUAGUUGACGAUCUAAAGCUUCUGAGGUCUGGAAAAGGAAUUAAUAGAAAGACAAGACAUGUACCACCGCCUCCCCCAACACCACCACCAAAUCCACCAUCAAACGGUGUCAGUGUGCGAGAACAAGUGUCUGUUUUUAAUGCUGUUGCUCAUCAUUCUGAUAAUAUCACUCGAGUUGAUGAUGAAACAAGUUCGACUUCUAGUGAAAAAUAUGAGAGAGAUGUUAUAGUACUGAAUCACUGCUUCGAUGAUAUUGAGAAAUUCAUUGCAAGGUUACAACAUGCUGCUGCUGCAUCUCGAGAACUAGAACGCCGGAGAAGGAACCGUAAAUCUAAAAAGAAGGACAUAGGUGAUGGAAUGCUUACAAUGAGAGCUAAACCACCUCCAGAAAUUGAGUUUAUUGAUAUCUUUCAAAAAUUCAAACUGUCAUUUAAUCUUUUGGCUAAACUAAAAGCUCAUAUUCAUGACCCAAAUGCUCCAGAACUUGUACAUUUUUUAUUCACUCCAUUGGCAUUGAUUGUUGAUGCUUCUCACGACACUCAAUAUAAACCAAACAUUCCAUCUAGAGUUGUAUCACCUUUACUCACAAGGGAUGCAAUUAAUCUUUUGAUGAACUGUGUAACCAGUAAAGAAACAGAACUAUGGCAUUCUUUAGGCGAUGCUUGGCUUAUACCAAGAGAACAAUGGAAAGGCUAUGCGGCUCCUUACCAUCCAAUUUUUAUGGAUGGGUGGUCGCCAGAAUAUCCGAUUCCAGUUUCUGAUGAUCAUUUAACUAACGUUCCAACUACCGGUGCAAUUGAAUCAAAAAAAUCAAGAGAAGAAAUUAAAAACUCAAAUCCUGAGGGAGAAUUACGUGACACUUUAUAUCACCAUCGUGAUCGAGAACAUGCUGGGAUUGGCGAUGAUAGUAGUGACUAUUUUGAAUAUGAACACGAACAGUCAGCUAUGAUGGGCAUUAGACCACAGUAUACGUUUAACACUAGUGGUAAUUAUUCUGGUCAUCAUCAAGAGCAAUUUGGACCAGAUGAUAGAGAUGAUUCACACAGUUUGGAAGGCGAGUCUGAACCUGAUUUUAAUACACUAUCACUUCAUAGUCCACCAAGAAUGGAUAAAGAACGUGCAGAUAAUAUGGCGGCACGCAGUGACAUAUCUGCUGAUUCGAUUGAGCGUAAUAAUGCAAAUGGACCGGGAAGUGAGAGAUUUGAAAGAGCUCAAGCUAGAUGGUUAGAAGACAUGCGGGCUCGAGGUGUGAAAAUAGUCCAAGUAACUUAUCCUAGAACAGCAAAUAAUGAUAAGGAACUAUCUGUUGUACGCGGUGAAUUGUUAGAAAUUUUGGACGAUAGUAGAAAAUGGUGGAAAGCCCGAAAUAACCGUUCACAAGUGGCUCAUGUACCUCAUACCAUUGUUACACCAUUUAAUCCAAUGCUGGACUCAAAUGAUAUAUUUACAAAUCCAGUGUAUGCUAAAGGGUAUGAUAAAAGAUCAGCUUCGCAAUCACAAAAUUACACACAAGAGUCUAUAAAGAGUGAAUUUGUUGAUCAAAGCAUGAGUUCUGAUCCAUCCAGAAGUACUUCUGUACAACCACCAGUUCCAGCACCGGCUGAUUGGGUACGAAAAGAACGAAUUGGUAAAAAAGGAGAAUUCCGUUAUUUUUAAUAAAAAGAAAAAUAUUUACAUCAAUAAACCUUGAUUGACAUAAUCUAUAUUAUAUUUUUAUUUUAAAGGAUCAUUUUUUUUGUUUUUAUUUGUUAUCAAAUUUGUUUUAUGAAUAUACAUCAUAUUGCAAGUUCUAGUUGUUAAGACAUUUUGAUGAUUUUUAAAAUUGUUGAGUUUAUGUUUUUAAUCAAUUUUGUUGUCUCAUAUAC